AUGCUAACUUCAAUGAAUCCAAUCUUUGCCAAUACGACCGGUAUGGACAAAAGUGUCCUUCGUCGGUAUUUAGAACUACCGCAACCAGAUAAUAAGAUUAUGGCAACUUAUGUUUGGAUUGAUGGCACAGGAGAAAAUCUUCGAGGUAAAACUCGAACAGUUGAUCAUGAACCAAAAUCACCAGAAGAUUUACCAUGGUGGAAUUUCGAUGGUUCAUCUACUGAUCAAGCCGAAGGUUCAAACUCUGAUGUUUACCUUAAGCCAGUUGCCAUUUUUAAUGAUCCAUUCAUGCUCGGACGAAACAAACUUAUUAUGUGUGAAACAUAUAAAUAUAACAAAGAACCAACAGCAUCAAACAAACGAAUCGAGUGUGAGGCAGCAAUGAAAGCUGCGGCUAAUCAACAUCCAUGGUUUGGCAUGGAACAAGAAUAUACACUUCUCGAUCGUGAUGGUUGGCCAUUUGGUUGGCCCAAAGGUGGCUUUCCACACCCACAAGGCCCAUACUAUUGUGGUGUCGGUGCAUCACAAGCACUUGGUCGAGAUAUUGAAGAAGCUCACUAUAAAGCAUGUCUGUAUGCUGGCAUUAAUAUUAGUGGAACUAAUGCCGAAGUUAUGCCUGCCCAAUGGGAGUAUCAAGUUGGACCGUGUGAAGGCAUUGCUGCUGGUGAUCAACUUUGGAUGUCGCGAUAUUUAUUACUUCGCAUUGCAGAGGAAUUUGGUGUGCAAGUGAGUUUCCAUCCAAAGCCUGUUGCAGGUGACUGGAACGGCGCCGGAUGUCAUACGAACUUUUCAACAAAAGCGAUGCGAGAUGCAAACGGUAUCGGAGCUAUUGAUACCGCAAUCACACAAUUGAAAGCUCGUCAUAAAACACAUAUCAGUGUUUAUGGUCGAGACAAUGACCGACGGUUGACUGGUCGACAUGAAACAGCCAAUAUUAAUCAAUUCAAUGCUGGUAUUGCUAAUCGUGGCGCAUCUGUACGAAUACCUCGGCAAGUUGGCGAAGAGAAAUGUGGUUAUUUAGAAGACCGUCGACCAGCAUCCAAUUGUGAUCCAUACGCUGUUACCAACAUCAUUGUUCGUACUGUAUGUCUUGGUGAAAAAGAUACCGAUGAGCUUCGUUAUACUUCAAAGAAAGCUAUUACGGAUAAAGAAUAA